AUGGGGAAAUUUACGAGCUGAAUAUCCUUGGGAGGAAGAUGUUCGUCGUUAGCACAGCCAAGCUGAUGAACGACGUCUCUGAUGACAAAAAGUUCUUCAAGAAUAUAAACGGGCCGUUAUUCCUGGUCCGAAACGCAGUCGGAGAUGGCUUGUUUACCGCGUACAAUGAAGAGCCCAAUUGGAGCCUUGCCCACCGUCUCCUCAUGCCUGCCUUUGGCACGGCAUCGAUCCGCGGCAUGUUCCCGGACAUGGUGGACAUAGCCUCGCAGCUGGUCCUCAAAUGGGACAGAUUUGGCCCCAAGCAUCGGAUCGAUCCCGCGGAGGACUUUACGCGUCUGACCUUUGACACCAUAGCGCUAUGUGCGAUGUCGUACCGGCUGAAUUCAUUCUACCGCGAGAGCAGUCAUUCCUUCAUUCAGUCCAUGGGCGACUUCCUCGUAGAGUGUAACCUGCGCGCGAACCGACCAGGACUCCUCACGUCCGUGAUGAUGCAGACAAACGCCAAAUACGACUCAGACAUCAAGACUUUGACAGGGCUCGCAGAUGAAAUCAUCGCCGAGAGGAGACGAAAUCCGACAGACAAAAAGGAUCUCCUAAACAUCAUGCUGUACUCGAAAGAUCCAAAAACUGGAGAGAUGUUGUCAGACUUGAAUAUUCGGAAUAACCUACUGACAUUCUUGAUCGCUGGGCAUGAGACUACCUCGGGACUGCUAACAUUCGCCCUUUAUCACCUCAUCAAAAACCCAGAGGCUAUGCGAAAAGCUUAUGAAGAGGUUGAUAAUGUCCUUGGCGACCGACAGAUACAGUUUCCCGAUAUCGGUAAACUGAAGUACAUCGACGCUGUCCUCCGCGAGACUAUGCGUCUCACCCCGAGCACGCCUAUGCGGACUAUCCGACCUUUCGAGGACAUUACUAUUGGUGGUGGAAAAUACUUCGUUUCGAAGGAUCACACUGUGGUCAUCAACACGAUCGUUGCACAACGUGACCCUACUGUGUGGGGCGAAGAUUCAAACGAGUUCCAUCCUGAGCGCAUGUUGGAUGGCAAGUUCGAAGCUCUCCCGCCCAACGCUUGGCAGCCCUUUGGUUUCGGCAUGCGCGCCUGCAUUGGUCGUCCGUUCGCCUGGCAGGAAGUUCUCAUCGUUUUCGCGAUCCUUCUGCAAAAAUUUGACUUUGUCCUUGAUGACCCCUCAUACGAGCUCGAGCUCAAGCAGUCUCUAACUAUCAAGCCUGCGCAUUUUUACGUCCAUGCACUCCCGCGUCAGGGCGAACCGCACCCACUCGCCACUCCGUCCGCCGCGACCUUCAGCUUACACGCGCAGGAGGCGAGCAAGGCAAGCUUACCCGUGUCUCCCGGCGCUGAGGCGAAGCAGCCGAUGUACGUUCUAUACGGGUCGAACACCGGAACAUCGGAGAGCUUCGCUCAGCAUAUUGCUAACGAUGCCGCCAUGCAUGGCUUUCGUGCAACGCUCGGCACUCUCGACUCUGUUGCCGACCACCUACCCACCGACGGGCCUAUAGUCAUUGUAUGCGCGUCCUUUGAGGGCGAACCCGCCGACAAUGCCGCACACUUUGUCGAGCGGCUCACGAGCCUACAGGGCCAGCCCCUGCAGAAUCUGCGUUAUGCAGUGUUUGGGUGUGGCCAUCGCGACUGGUUCCGCACGUACCAGCGCAUCCCGAAGCUGGUCGACCAGACUCUAGAGGACCGCGGUGCACAACGGCUCACGACGCGUGGAGAGGGCGAUGCUGGGAGCUCGGAGUUCUUCGAGGCGUUCGAGGCGUGGGAGGCUAAGCUCUGGGAGAUUCUGCCCGAGGAAUACAACACGGCGGUGAAGCAAGACGCCACUACAGGGCUGAAGGUCGAGAUAGUCGGCGAUUCCACCGCGCGAGCCGCUGAUCUACGACAACAUGACGCUGCGUUGGGCACAGUCGUCGAGAAUCGGAUUUUGACUGCGCCAGGCGUUCCGGAGAAGAGACACAUUGAAUUCGAGCUCCCGGCAGGAAUGUCUAGUCGCGCUGGUGAUUAUUUGGCCAUUCUGCCAUCCAAUCCGCCUCGAGACGUUCGUCGAGUGCUUGCUCGUUUCGGCAUGCUUCCUGAGCAACAAGUCGUGCUCUCCUCUUCUGGGCCUACGUCUCUUCCCGUUGGAAGGCCUAUCUCCGCACUUGAUCUUCUCUCGGGAUACGUCGAACUAUCGCAGCCGGCCACGGCUCGCGAUGUUCGUGCUCUUCUGAACUGCGAAGGCUCGGACGGCACCAAGCAAUCUCUGCAGGUGUUACUGGAGUCCUAUAGCGACGAGGUCCUUCGUCGCAGACUCAGCGUAUUGGAUCUCCUCGAGCAAUACCCCGACAUUAAGCUGCUAUUCGCUGCGUACCUCGUACUCCUUCCAUCGAUGCGUAUCCGCCAAUACUCUAUCUCCUCGUCUCCUCUCUGGAACGCGCAGCGUGUCACCCUCACAGUCAGCGUGCUUGAUGCACCCGCGAUAUCGGGACGUAAGAAGCCCUUUCUUGGUGUCGCGUCGACCUAUCUCGCCAACCUGAGCCCCGGUGACAGAGUACAGAUGGCCGUGCGUGGGUCAAACACGGCGUUCCACCUUCCGCAGGACCCGCGGAUGCCGCUCGUGCUGUUUGCCGCGGGCUCGGGUCUCGCUCCAAUGCGCGGCUUUCUGCAGGAGCGUGCUCUGCAGAAGAAGGCAGGCCGUGAGGUCGGGAGGGCGGUGCUAUUCUUUGGAUGCCGCAGCCCCGAUGAAGACUAUUUGUACUCGGACUCGGACUUGAAGGAGUGGGAAGAGCUUGGUGUGGUCGAGUUGCGUCCUGCCUUCUCGCGUACGCCCGAGAAGUCGGAAGGAUGCAAAUAUGUUCAAGAUCGUGUCUGGCACGAUCGUCGGGCACUUGACGGCCUUUACGAAGCAGGAGCGAAGUGGUUCGUCUGUGGCUCUGGCAAGGUUUCAAGCGGCGUGAAGGUCGUUCUGACAGCCAUGAUCAAAGAAUCGAGAGGUUACGAUGAUAAAGAGGCCGCUGGAGCUUUCGAACGUGCCACAGUCGGCCGGUUUGCCACCGAUAUAUUCGAAUAAAGUGGCACUUCCUCGGCUACCUAGAUAAAAAUCCCACCUCGUAUAUGGAGUGUAGAGAGACCUAUUGCUGAAGGAGUAUGACUCGGAAUUCUUGUCCAUAUUCAGGGCCGAUUUGUGCAAGCGGCUGUAUUGUAGUAUUCUGUCGCUAAUAUGGCGGCCAAUGUUACCUGCCCGGUUGCAUCUGACUCUCUACGACUUCCGUAGAAGAGCUGAGGAUGCGGCGUCGGGGUCGACGUUCGG